AUGACAGCAACAAACAACAGCAGCAACUUUAUCGUUUCUGAUGAACAAGUUAUUGAUUCAUUAGCUGAGGAAUUAGUUGUGGCAGAAACUAAAACCCUCAACGAAAGAAUUGGUGAAAACAAGAUUGAUUUACAUAACUACCUCAAACACGAUGGAGGAAGAGGAAGGAAAACUGGUAUGGCUUUAUUAGUAAAUAAAAUAUCAAAUUUAACGAUUAUAGAUGUUGAUAUCAAUAAAUCAUACAAUGAUGAACUUAAAGAAACAGUUAGAAAAGACAUUUUAUCAAAACUUUCGGAUAAAGAUGUUAUCGUUAAAACCGCUUCAGGAGGUCUUCACAUUUAUUGCAACAUUUAA